GGAGCUGCAUUCAGCAAGAUGCUUUCAGAAAUUAGGUCGGUUGUUUUCUCCUGGUAAAUACGAUGAGUCACUUUUGACUCUUGGAAAAUGGUAGACGAGCAUGGAAUUCCCAUUCAACAUCAAUCAGCUGUUAGGAGAUGAAAUAACAUUACUUCAUGGCCGAAUAAAACCUCACAAUAAGAUACGAGACAGCUACCACCAGUACAGGGAUCAACUAUGCAAAGUGAUAGACAAACUUGGUAUAGCUUCAGCAAAGGCACAGGGCCUUCAUGGUGCCAUCACCUCCGCAAGCAAGUUGGAAUUCUCGGAUCACAACCUUUAUGUGAUGAAGGAUGCAGAGGGAACAGAUGGCAAAGGAAGUGCAGUGGGAUUCAUCAAAGUAGGAUAUAAAAAGCUAUUUGUUUAUGAUUCCCAUCACAACCAACAUGAGAUGGCGCCACUUUGUGUGCUGGAUUUUUAUGUCCAUGAGUCGCGGCAAAGGAUGGGCUGUGGGAAGAAAUUGUUUGAACAUAUGUUAAAGGCUGAGCAUAUUAAGCCCCAGCAUCUAGCCAUUGACAGACCAUCACACAAGUUCCAGUCAUUCCUUCACAAACAUUACAACAUGAAAGCAGAAAUUCCUCAGGUCAACAACUUUAUGGUCUUUGAGGGCUUUUUCAGGGACAGACCUCCAGAACCUGAAAGGAAGAGAGACUUUCAUGGCAGACCACCUUUACAUCCAUAUAGCAGAAGUAGAAGUGGAAAAAACAGGGGUCAUUUGUACGAAGAACAGAGCUCACACUCCGCCCCUGCUGCAACCACCUCAGGGAGACAGUCAUCACUUUCUAACAGCAAUGUACCACUUACUCCAUUAGAGAAAGAGAGAGAUCUUUUGAAAGAUAUCUUGGUUCCUAGAUCUGGUUCACGGGAGCAGUUAGCCCAGUAUGGCAGCCAACCCAAUCUUACCAGGAGCAAUUCUCUGACUUUAGAGCUGGAUAAUCUGUCUCUCAGUGCCACACAUGCAAUGGGUGCUCAGGCCAGUAGAUAUAGCAGGUACACUAAUGAUGGCACACCUACCAGAGAGGAGAGGAGAGCUACUCCUGUAAAGAAUCAGCAGCAGACAAUGUUACAACAAGGGCAAGGUCAUGGCAGUGUGCCAGGAUUAGGGUCUCUCACAGGUUUAGGUCAAGGUCCUGGGCCAGGUCAAAGUUCAGGAGCCAGAGUGACACCUGUAGAAAAUGCUGGUGGUUCUUCCCCACCCUUGUUAAAGAGAGGUGGUCCAACUGGUGUUUCAGGUGCCCUUAAUACACACCAGGACUACUUGAGCAGAGGCGGUCACUUAAAGCUGUCACCAGCAGCCACUGCACCUACACAGGUGGUUAGUCCAGCUGCUGGCAGUGAAACAAACACUUCAACUCCACCUAGAGCAGCCAAACCUUUAUCUAUGGCGACAACAUGGAAUAUUUUCGGUGUGCCACAAGCCAGUCAGAGUCCAGCAAGUGCCAAAAAAUGGUCCCAUACAAAGCUUUGGUGAUUAGUACAUAGAAGCAUCCAAAUUUUCAAAAGUAGUCCCAUUAAAAACUAUGGUAUGCUGUGGAGACUAGUGAUAUCUAUUUGUUGCAAGAGGGUAACAAGCUCAGCUGUUGGAAGGUGAAUGUAGGAGAUUGAUGAAUUUCAUGAAAGAAAAGAACACUUUAAUCCUUUGGAUAACAAAACAGCUACUGACACUUUCCAAAAAAUUUUAUCAUAUAUAUCAAAAAAGUGAUUUGUAGAAAGUUGGCACUAAUAAGCUUUAAAAGCUAACUCUGCAGGAAAGGGAAGUUUGUGAAAAAGUGCUAGCAUGCCAGAGUCAACAGCUGUGAUGGAAAGCACAAUUAUGGAUAAUUUUAUCAUAAACAUUAUUGUUGAAAAAUACACAUAAAUCCCUUUAAGCAUCUUUAUCAUGUAGACUUAGCAUUCGUGAAAAAGAAACUUGUCUAAAAUACAAAAAGAAAGUUUUUAAAAUUUAAAUAACAAUGUUAAAACAUACUAUUCACCACUUUACAGAUACUUACAAAAUUGCUGCGCGCAUGCGUGAGAAUUGCAUUGUGGGAAAAAAUAGAGCAAAACAAAAACGGCGAGUAUCCGAAUAAUGGAGAAUAACCUCGACGAUCACACACUCUGGUCCAUGAUUGAGAGAUGGAACAAUAAAUUGAGAAUUGACAUAUUGAUUGAACUUGGCAGUUGUAAAAUUAGUGGGAAAUUACCUUUCUCGAUACCUUCUAUCAUUUCUGCAACUUGAAACACAGCAGGUAGUCAUUAUUUUGUGUUCAAGAGCCUUCGCGCCAAGAGUUCACACUCUUUUUUUCCCCCACAAUGCAGUUCGAGUUUCCUGUCGACGUACAAAUGUAAAGUGAUGAAUGGCAAAACUAUUUAUUAAGUCAUAGCUAGGACACAAAAACUAGCAAGUGCGCAGAUUCUUGGUAACAAAGAUUCUUGGUAACAGCAUUUUUUUGCCUGGAAAUAUAUCCAAGCAUGUGGUUUGGUUUAGAAACAAGUUGUCAAUCAAUACCUCAGUAAUACUACUUCCCUUGCUGCAAUUGGCAUAUGACAUUCCCAGUGAAAGUUGGAAAAAAAAACUUUUUAUCUAGACAUAAUUAUGAAUGGCUAAGUGCCUGUAAGGCAUGUCAGUGUAGUCUCACAGUGUACAGUACCUACAGUGGUUGUUGUUUUUAUAUACCUGGUUGUAUUGUAAUUAUGUAGUAAACUUUAGGGAGCAUUCAGAACGAGCUGAUCUGUGGACUAGCGGAUCAAUUAUGGCCGACCCACUUGAAAGCUUGCCGCAUAAUCCCCUAAUAGACACUGAAUAGAUUCCCGGUGGGGUUUACGCAGCAAGCUUUCAAGUGGUUCAGCUAUAUUUGAUCUGUAGGUCUGCGGAUCAACUUUGGUUGUGAAUGCUGAUCAGUACAGUAACUGUAAUCUCAGAGACUGUCAAGUAUGGUUGGAACAGGGUGCUGUCAGAGGGUCUGAAAAGUAAGUAGUUGAUGGACUAGGUCAUUCAUAAGCUAAAGGAUAAAGUUGGAAUGUAACCAUGUUUUGAUUAUAGAUACGUAAAAAUCACUAAAGAUUUACAGUAGGUUUUAUUUCUGUAGAUGUAGGUUUAAUGGCUCUAUCCUUGUGUCAUGUUCAAAUAGUGCCUUAUUAUUGUGAAUUUAUACCACAACUUCACAAGGUACACAUUCAAACAUUUGCGUCCAUUUUUACUUGUCACUUACCCUUUUUAGGAACAUAGUUUUUAUUUUUAAAUUUUUAUUUAUAAUAGAUAUAUUGAAUUUGUUCAUUUAUGUUGUGAUAUUUGUAUUGGGUCAUUUGUAAGUUUGCAUUUUUAUGACAUUUUAUGACCACAUAGGUAAUGUAGGUUGCCAGAACUACAAUUCAGUGGGGUAUUUUUUUUUAAAUAAAAAAUGAAUUAUGUUACUGAUACAUAGUGUCUGUAGUCUUGCCAGCAAUGUAGAUUUCAAAAUGUGUUGAUACAAAUUCUGUGGCAACAGAAAUCUGCAUGUAAAGAAGGGAGUUGAUUGUCUGAAAAUUGAGAAUCUUUUUUUGUACUAUUUUAUUUUUACGGUUGGUUUAAUUUAGCUCAUUGAAGUUCUUGGCUAUUGGGAUUAUGGAAUAUAUUUUA